CUAAUUGUACAAGACUUCUCCCCUUCACUUCACUCUACUGCAGGGUGGGAGAUGCAACAAUGUCCUUGAGAACAGCCGGAAGUGUAUUGGUGGUAUUUCUCUGGUCUGUGACAGUUGUACUGGGGCAGAAUGGCUGGAGAGUGACUUACACCACUCAGAGUAUCUGUACCUUGAAGGGGUCAACAGUGGAGCUGACCUGCUCUUACACAUAUCCCAGUGGUAAAGUCACAACAACCUUCUGGUUCACUGAAUGGGGGACUGGUGUAGAACCUAAAGAUCUAGGUCAGGACCCAGAGUAUGCAGGUCGUCUGGAGUAUCAUGGAGAUAAGAAGAAAGACUGUACCCUGAAAAUCACAGACCUGAGAGAGAGAGACUCAGCUACGUACAAGUUCAGAUUAUUAACAGAUCAGACCAGAGGGAAAUAUUAUGGACGUCCUGGAGUCACUCUGUCUGUCACAGGUCUUCAGGUGAAGGUGACUGGUGGACAUCAGGAUAAGACACUGACCUGUAUCACCACCUGUACUCUGACUGACAACCCCACCUACAUCUGGUACAAGAACGGACACAAAGUAAAGGAGGACACUUCCAGCCUGGACUCAGACUCCUUUAGUGAUGCAGACAGUUACUCCUGUGCUGUAAAAGGCCAUGAGGAUCUCCUCUCUCCUGCAGUGUAUGGACCAAGGAACACCUCAGUGUCAGUUAGUCCCUCUGGUGAAAUAGUGGAGGGCAGUUCAGUGACUCUGACCUGCAGCAGUGAUGCCAACCCACCUGUCCAGAGUUACACCUGGUGGUACAAGAAGAAUGGAGGUGACUAUCAGAGUAUGACAGGACCACAGCAUGUCUUCAACCAAAUCCAGUCAUCUGACACUGGAGAGUACUACUGUGUGUCCCAGAAUGAGAUGGGGACAGACAGGUCUAGGACCAUCAACAUGGAUGUGAAGUAUGCUCCAAAGAACACCUCAGUGUCAGUCAGUCCCUCUGGUGAAAUAGUGGAGGGCAGUUCAGUGACUCUGACCUGCAGCAGUGAUGCCAACCCACCUGUGGACAAAUACACCUGGUACUUUCAAAAUGAGACUUUUCUAAAUGGAUGUGGACAGAUGUACAACAUCAGUAACUUCAGGUCUGAGGACAGUGGACAUUACCACUGUGAGGCCUGGAAUGGAAGAGGAUCUAGGAACUCUACAGCUCUGAUGAUCAUUAUACCAGGGAAACAAACCUCAGUUCUGACUGCAGCUGUAGGAAUCAUUGUGGUUGUUCUGGUUGUCAUCCUCUGUCUCUCUGGCUUCAUGUGGUUCAGGAAGAAGGCCUCCAAACCCUCCAACACAAGAGACACAGCAGACGAUGUACAGGGAGACUCUAGUCCAGUGUAUGAAAACGUCUCAAGCAUGUCCAUCAACUCUACUGCAGCACAGACAGCUGACACAGAUGACCAGGAUGAUGUUCACUACGCCAGUGUCCACUUCUCUCACUGCAAAAACCAGGAAGUGCCUCUGUACUCCACCGUCCAGCUGCCUCAACCGCAGAUACAAGACGAAGAUGUCCAAUACGCUGCUGUGGAAUUCAACCUCCCCGGUGCUGCCACCCAACCCGUGGUGGCACAAACAGCUGAGAAGGACCCCUCUGAGAUCUACAGUAGAAUCAACAAACCCAGAACCAAGAAGACCUGAACACAACAAAUUCAGAACCAAGAAGACCUGAACACAACAAACCCAGAUCCAAGAAGAUCUGAACUCAACAAACCAAGAACCAAGAAGACCUGAACACAACAAACCCAGAACCAAGAAUACCUGAACUCAACAAACCCAGAACCAAGAAGACCUGAACACAACAAACCCAGAACCAAGAAGACCUGAACACAACAAAUUCAGAACCAAGAAGACCUGAACACAACAAACCCAGAUCCAAAAAGACCUGAACUCAACAAACCAAGAACCAAGAAGACCUGAACACAACAAACCCAGAACCAAGAAGACCUGAACUCAACAAACCCAGAACCAAGAAGACCUGAACUCAACAAACCCAGAACCAAGAAGACC